AUGAAUUCACAAGGUUUUGCCAAUAGACAAUUUUUUACAACAAAACCUAAGAAAGAGCAGAAGCCAUGUUAUUUUGCAGUAGGUGAAGUAUUGGAUUCACCUCAAGCUAAAGUUUUUGUGUCAGGAAUAACAAAACUAAUAAGUGAUGAAAUUUUAAAAAAGAUAUUUGAACAAUGUGGUGAAAUAUUUAAAUGGAAACGUACCGAAGGAGCUGAUGGAAAUUUACAAUCAUUUUUAUUUUGUGAAUAUGUUGAUGCACAGUCAUCUGUAAAAGCAGUAAAAUUUUUAAAUAAUUUUAAACUUGGUGAUAGAAGAUUAAUUGUAAAAAUGGAUGAUAAAACUAAGAAAAAUAUUAUUGAGUAUCUUAGGAAUUCUCAAAAACCUGAUGAUUUGAAACCAAUAAAAAUAAAUGAAGAUGGUCUUCCUAUUUUUGAUAAUGAUAGAAAGGCAAGAGAAGAAGUUGAAGAUAAUGUUGUAGCUAUUAUUAGGGGACAUUAUCCAGAAUUUAUAAAAAUGCCUUUAGCUGAGGAUAAUGAGAGUAGCAAAGAUGAUACACAUGAAGAUGUUUCAAGAGAAAAAAGAGAGGAAGAAUCUGUUUGUCGUGAUGAAGGUGAAAUGUCUGGAAGAGAAUCUGCAUUAUCAAAUUCUAAAAAGGACAGUGAACGCAGACAUGGAUAUGAUAGCUCUUCCCCGGAAUCAAAUCAAAGUAGUCCAGUUUCAACUAGUAAAAAAAAUAAAGAUAGUAGUCGACGUUCUAGAAGUUCUUCUAGAAAAAGGGAGGCUGAAGAUAGUGAUGAAGAAUAUGAAAGAAGGAAACUGAAACAAAUAAUGAAAGAAAAGGAAGAAGAGUAUCAAAAACGUUUAAGACGAUGGGAGGAAAGAGAGGAAAGGCAGGCUAAAGCAUAUAAAGCUGAAGAAAGAUUUAAUAUGGAAAUGAGUAAAAAAAAGAAGAAAAAUAUAAGUAAAAUGCUUAGAUUUUUGGAGGAUUACGAUGAUGAAAAAGACGAUGACAAGUAUUAUAAUGUACAUACAAUGAAUAAAAUUCGUAGAGAAUAUGAUAAACAAAAAGAUGGUGAUUUAAAGGAUAAGGAACGAGAGGAAAGAGAGAUUAAAGAAUUACGUAAAAUUGCCUCAUCUCAUUCUAAGACUACUAAUGAUUCAACAACUAUUUCUGAUGAUGAUAUGGAAGUCGACAAUCAUGAAGGAAAAUCUUCAAAAAAUUUAAUUGUUGAACAGGUAACACCUGAUUCAAGAGUUUCCCCUUCAAACGGUAGUUGUGAAAAUAAUGAUAACUCUACUUUAAGUGAUAAUGGAGAAAAAAAACCAGCUAUAUGCCUUAAUUUGAAUGUAAAUAAUAAAAGAGUACAAAAUGAAGCCUUUGAUAUCGCAGAUGAUGAGGAUGAUGACGGGCCAAAACUUGAAAUUAAAAAAAAAUUAAAAAUCUUUGAGGUGACGCAUGAAGAAAGAAUGCAAACUAUGACAGUUGAAGAAAAAGAAGUUCUAAUAAAAAGUAUUGUUAACAACAUUCCAAAAGAUAAAGAAGAAUUAUUUAAAACUCCAGUUUUGUGGGAACUAAUUGAUAAAGAUACUAUUGAAAAGAAAAUAAAACCUUAUGUAGAUACAAAAAUUCAAGAAUAUCUAGGAGACAAAGAAGAAAGUUUAACAGCAUUUAUUCUCGAAAAAAUUACUAACCAAUCAAAACCUGACGAUUUGCUUAAUGAUAUAAAACUUGUCCUUGAAGAGGAUGCAGAGGUAUUUACAAUAAAAUUAUGGAGACUAAUUAUUUAUGAAAUAGAAGCAAAAAAAAUUGGAAUUGUAUAA